UGACGCCCUAGACGUUCCCGAGGUCCGCUGGGAUGCGCUAAUAAGUGCACCUGAGCAAUCUACGACUGCGCUGGCGUGAUGGAAUGCGGUGUCGAAAGAGCGUCACGAACCCGCUGACCUUGAUCAGCAAUCUAUUGCGGAUCAGCCGUCUAGCAUCAUCUUCUAAAUUUGCAAUGGCAUCGUGAAUCCUAUAUCAUUUCCUGUUUUCUUAGUUACAAUACCUGGAGCUCCCUAAUCAUAACCAGAUGCCUCUUGUAUAACCAUCUGCACACGAUAAGCCCAGUGUCCUCAUCUGCCAGUGGUCCGCCCAACUCGGAUCACGAUGGCAUCGCAAUCCGAGUCUGACCAGACGCGAGCACCGUUGUUGCGCUCGUCUUCGGCAUCCACACUAGGACCGCUCAGCUCGACGAGCUCCCUUCGCGAUGUCUUCCCGAAUCCGAAGCGCCGGCGCGACGUUCGAACCUUACAGAUCCUAUCGUUCGCAUCCGCUAUCAUCUCGUCCUUCUGUGUAGGGACUGUCAGCGUCUUUUCUCUCUACGCGCCUAGGUUUCAACAACGACUGCGAUUUACACAGUUUGAGAUCAAUGCGAUAGCGAGCGCUAUGAGUAUAUCUUUAUAUAUUCCAGUACCACUGGUCGGGUACUUGUGCGACCGCGUUGGGCCGGGCCCACUGUCCCUCGUGGCCGCGGUACUGCUUGCAGGUGGCUACGGCACAGCUGCUGCUGUGUAUCACAAGGGCGAUGUGGCGUUGCGAACCAUUGACACAUACAACAGCCAUGCACUAGUUCCUUACAUGGUCGUUGCAUUCAUCUGCGUAGGCGCCGGCACGGCAUGCAUGUAUCUGACUGGCAUCUCUACCUGCGCAAAGAAUUUUGGUAAGGGCAAAUACCGCGGUCUGAUGUUGGCAGCCCCAUUGACAUCAAUCGGGCUGGGUGGCAUUCUUGUUCCCCAGUUCGGGAGUCAUGUGCUCUACGAAAGACUGCCCAACGGAGGCAGAGGAGAGGUCAAUGUGUAUCAUUUCUUCAUCUUCCUAUCCAUUCUUCUUGCCACAGCCGGCUUAUUUGGCGGGUUCGCCUUGCGUGUUAUCAAUGAGAACGAGCUCAUUGAUGAUGCCGUGGAAGAGCUUGAGAGAAGUGGGUUCCUUGAAGGAAGUGGGAUACUUCGGAGAUCUACUUCGAGUUAUGGGGCUCUUAGCAGUUCGAUCGAGGAUAUGGAAAACGCUGGCAUUCUUGAUCCAUCUAAAGACGACGAAGAUGAAAACAACGCACUUCUGAAGAAGCAAUGGUUGCUCAAUGCUGAAACACGGAAGUUUCUUACAGAUCAUACUAUGUGGUCGCUCGCUGUAGGUUUCUGGUUAAUCGUCGGUCCUGGAGAAGCUUUUAUCAACAACUUAGGCACGCUUAUUGGUACGCUAUAUUCUCCUGGGUUGCCUGGCAGUGGGACAUCGGCAGCGACGCAUGUCUCAAUUCUCGCCGCAACAAGUACUGCUGCCCGGCUCCUGACAGGAUCUUUGAGCGACGUAAUAUGUCCAAGUCCGCAUACUCAACAUCCUCAGACGGGCUUGACGUCUUCCGGAACACUGCCUCAGCGAAGGUUCUCUGUUUCACGUAUCAUCUUGCUUGUUGGUGCUGGAAGUCUUCUCUCAGUCGGCACACUCAUACUGGCCUCUGGCAUUGUCCAAGGUCACGGAGAUCGUUUCUGGCUAGUAUCAGGUCUUGUCGGCUUCGGGUACGGCGCUCUCUUCAGUCUCACCCCUAUCAUUGUUACUAUCAUUUGGGGAGUAGAGAACUUCGGCACAAAUUUCGGCAUUGUUGCCGUCUCCCCUGCUAUUGGGUCUACAAUGUGGGGACUUAUUUACUCUGCUGAAUAUCAGAAUGGGGCCAAGAACUCACCUCUACUUGCAGACGGUGCGGAGGAUGUCUUUUGCCAUGGUAAACAGUGCUACACAGGCACGUUCUGGGCCAUGACCGUAAGCGUCUGGAUAGGCUGUGCCUUGUUCCUAUGGGCUUGGAAGGGUAGAAAUGGAUGGUCAAAGCGUGGUGUCGUUAUAUGAGGCCGCACUUGAUGCUGUAGUGCUAUUUCUGGUGCGUAUAUAAGUAAGUUUGUGUGUGAUCGAUAGUCUAUUUCUUCCGUUGCCUUUGAGCAUUAUUAUUCUAAUCGUUUAAGUAGCUUUGUAUUGGGUAUGUUAGAGACAAGAUCAUCUGUGUACAUUGACGCAAGUGGAACACGUUCUUACACAAGGAUGGAAUGCGACAGGAAACAAAUGAAAACGAUGAAAUAUACAACAACAGAAAAGCCGCCUAAUCCUUAUCGAAAUCCUCGCGAUUAAAGUCGGCACGAUGUCAUCAU